CUCCUGCACCUCUGCAGCCGAGAAGGAGACGGGAGGAGCAGAACAAAGGGAGAAGCAAUACCGAGCCCAUCGGGGAUUUGGGGAUCGCCGCGGUGGGGUCAUCAGCGCCCGCACAUAUUUCUACGCUGACGAGGCCAAGUGUGACCAGCACAUGGAGACUUUCCUCCGCUGCAUCGAUGCCUCAGGUGGCAGCUCGGAGGACGGCUUCUCGGCCAUCAAGCUGACAGCACUGGGCAGACCUCAGUUCCUGCUGCAGUUCUCAGAGGUGCUGGUGAAGUGGCGGAGGUUCUUCCACCAAAUGGCCGCAGAGCAGGGCCAGGCUGGGCGGGCAGCGCUGGAGAUGAAGCUGGAGGCGGAGAAGCUGCAGGAGGCCCUGGCCGACCUCGGCAUCGCAACCAAGGCGGAGAGCCAGCACUGGUUCACCGGCGAGAACCUGGGCAUGAGCGGCACUGUGGACAUGCUGGACUGGAACAGCCUGAUCGACAGCCGCACCAAGCUCUCCAAGCUGCUGCUGGUCCCCAACAUGCAGACUGGGCAGCUUGAGCCUCUGCUCUCGCGCUUCACCGAGGAGGAGGAUCUGCAGAUGAAGCGGAUGCUGCAGCGGAUGGAUGUCCUGGCCAAGAGAGCCACGGAGAAGGGCGUGAGGCUGAUGGUGGACGCGGAGCAGAGCUACUUCCAGCCAGCCAUCAGCCGCCUCACCCUGGAGAUGCAGCGUCGCUUCAACAGGGAUCGGGCAAUCAUCUUCAACACCUACCAGUGCUACCUGAAGGAGGCUUAUGACAACGUGACAGUGGACGUGGAGCUGUCGCGCCGGGAGGGCUGGCACUUCGGCGCCAAGCUUGUCCGUGGCGCCUACAUGGAGCAGGAGCGGGAGAGAGCAGCCCAGAUUGGCUAUGAGGAUCCCAUCAACCCCACCUAUGAGAAGACCAGCGAACUGUCUGACAGGUGCCUGGACUAUAUCCUGGAGGAGAUCAAGCACAGCUGGAAAGCCAAUGUGAUGGUGGCAUCUCACAACGAGGACACGGUGAAGUUCACCCUGCGCAGGAUGAUGGAGCUUGGGAUCCAUCCCUCGGAGAAGAAAGUGUACUUCGGGCAGCUCCUGGGCAUGUGUGACCAGAUCACCUUCCCCCUGG